UACUAGAACAAUAGGCACAGGCAGAUUGAAAUUCACCACCAAAGAAAAUUGACUACCGAGCCAUUAUUAGAAGUGGACCUGCAGAUGGAGUGUCUAUAGAAGGCGGCGAAAUCUUGAAACCAGAGAAGAUAUAUGUACAUUAUCAUCUUGCAAAAAAAAGUACUUUUAGAAUGUAAACUUCCGGAAUAGGACUAGCUUAAGUGCACUGUGAACCAAGUAGCAGUGCACUGUGAACUAUGAAACACCUUUAGUGCACCAUGCACCAAGUAACAGAUGACAGACGGCCAUCGAAACGUCGGCUCGUAAAAAAUAAAUGAUUGUGAUCAAAGAACUUUGCUAUUCUUCCGGAAUAGGAGUCUGAUGGCUGAGUGUCCGAUAGAGCAACAGGCUCCCGACGAGGGAAUCGGGUCCACAGUUUCUUCAUUAGGCACAGAAAACAGCCCGACUCGACAGAAAUGUGAAGAAAGCGAAUUAAUUAAGAUCAACAUCAGCGGACUGAAGUUCAUGGCCAGGGAGCGUGUCCUCCACCGUUACCCGGAAACACUUCUGGGCGACGUGACCCGCCGGAAGGACUUCUACUGCCCGGAUACAGACGACUACUUCUUCGAUCGUCACCGACCAAGUUUUGAGGCAAUCUUCGAUUUUUAUCAAACCGGGAAGCUGGUACGUCCUCCUAUUGUACCCGUGGACAUCUUCUUUGCAGAGUUAAAGUUUUUCGGCAUCGAUAAUCAAGCAAUCAACGCGGUGCUUGACAAGGAAGGCUAUCGGCAAAAGUCGGAAAGCUGCCCGAAACUUCCCGACGCAGAGCCUAAGAGGACAAUAUGGCUGUUGUUCGAGUAUCCGGAAACGUCCUUCUGGGCUCGGAUAGUCGCCAUUUUGUCUGUCUGUGCCAUUAUUAUUUCCAUAGCCUCUUCGUGUGCGGAAACGAUACCGCAGUACCAAGAGGACAAGAUUUUCGACUUCCCUCCGAACACCACAAGGUCAUCUCGACUCAAGAUGGCGUACGGAAGUACGUUCUACCAAGUCGAGACGGCGUGCAUCGUCUGGUUCUGUUUCGAACUUCUCGUCCGAUUCUACGCGUCCCCGGAUAAAGUGGCCUUCAUCAAGGACAUCAUGAACAUCAUAGACAUGAUUGCGAUCGUGCCGUACUUCCUGACGCUUAUAUUCCUCCUGGGGAACGUGCAGGGCUCGCGCAGUGCGGCGGUAUUCAUGCGCGUGCUGCGCCUCAUCCGCGUCUCCAGAAUCCUCAAGCUCUCCCGGCACAUGACGGCGCUGCGAAUCCUCGGCAGAACGCUCAUUCUCAGCGCGGGAAGCAUAGGCCUGCUGUUCCUCUCCCUCUUCGGUUCCAUGGUGCUGUUCGGAACGUUCGUCUACUUCGCUGACCUUGACACCCCGAACACGGACUUCGAAAGCGUUCCCGCCACGUUCUGGUGGGCGGUCAUCACCAUGACAACCGUCGGCUAUGGCGACGAGCACCCGCGGAGCCCCAUGGGUAAGCUAGCCGGCGGCGUGUGUGUUCUGUCCGGGAUCAUGUUCUUGCUGGUUCCCGUGCCUGGAAUCGUCGCCAACUUCAAUCGACUGUACACCAGGCAGAGGAACGUUUUGUCGCACGACCUUAACACGACACAAGACGAACGAGAAAAGGAAACGAAGUACACCUGGCGCAAAUUCGUCGCUCCGCUGAAAAAGAAGAAUAAGAGAAGGGCAUCGUCUGGAACAGAAGCUAGUUUAGUGUAACAGUUUUCAACAGUUUUUGAACAGUUUAUUCAUAAAAACCAGCCUCGCAGCCUAUACAAAAACAUACUGAAUAAC